UAUGUUCUUGGAAGCUGCGAAGGAUGCCAUAGGCCAUCCAGACCCUUUGGGGGUUGAGUCGCGAAGUUGCGUUUAAUGCUGCGGUUCAACAUCGCAGUCGGUUCGUGAAUACGAAUGUUGUGGGGAAACAUCUCUUAAUGGACAGACUGUGAGUGUCUUGCGAUAUAUGACGCUGUGGCUGACGGCUUCCCUACCCGCCGCUUGUCUAGGACCUCACCUUGUGUUCUUCUCCUGCGAGUUGCAUGUUGAUGGACAGAAGGGUUUCGAUAAGGACGCCAUUGAAACUCUGAUACCAGCCUCCUUCGCCUUUGCGUGCCCGGCCGACGACAACGUGUAGACAAAGUUAUGAGCAGCAACGACAAAGGUUGCACGGGUGAGAAAGCCAUGCAGCAAGCCCGGUGAGCGAAAGUGUCAAGAAGGCAACAUCGAGGUCGUAAAGCCCUCAAGAAGCCUGUCAUACUUGUGAUGCGAGAGCAAAAAGGUCACCGAUGACCUUGUAGGCCCGGUCCUCGAAGCGAAGAAUAUAACCCCCCCUCCUUUCUGGGUGUCGCUCUCCAGCAAACACUACGAGGACUAGUUCAUCUGCACAAGUCAACCAACUCAUCAACACCAGUCUACAAAUCACUCUAUCGUUCCAGAACCGCUCCACCCCAUCAAUCUCACCACAACAAUGCGGAUCCAACUCCUCCUCGCCGGCGCCGUCGCCACCCUGAGCUACGCCGCGCCCACCCUUACGGCCCGCCAGGAGGAUGAACCGCGCAAGCCGCCCAAGAGCGGCUUUGGCAACGGCCUCCCGCCCUUCGUCGCCGACGUGCUCGAGGCCUUCGUCAUAAGGAGUGGCACGCCCGAGGACGUGCUUCGAGCCGAGAACGAGCGCAGGAUGGGCCAGGGUUCCGACGACCUGCAGCCCGUCGCCAUCCUCCCUCGCCAAUUUAAAAACUCAUACUGGUUGGAACACGAUAUAGCCAAUGCGAGGAAGGAGGCCUGGUCCCGGUGGCUGCUCGAGAGCAAGAUGGCGCAGGGCACCGACGACCUUCAGCCCGUCGCCGUCCUCUCGCGCCGCCAGAACUAUAUGGCGCCAGCAUAUACCAACUUGCAGAAAGAAAUCUUCAACGGGAUAUACGAUGCCUGGGACAAGUACGUGCUCGAUCGCAAGAUAGAGCAGGGCACCGACGACCUGCAGCCCGUCGCCAUCAAGGCGAGGUCGGCGGAGGCGGGGGCGGCCGAGGGCCACGAGCUGUUCGACCUCGUUCUGGACAACGCCGCGUACGAGUGGAGCGUGGCGCACGGAGAUUCGGGAGUCGACAAGGGCGGCAGGGCUGUCAUCGAGACGUGCGUCCGCGAGGCGGAUAAGGACAAGGUCACGGUCCGCGAGAAGAAGGAGGACGGCAGCGGCGGCGAGAAGGAUGAAAGGGUGAAGGUAGUCGUGGAGGGCCUGCCGCAGAGUUGCUGCGCCAUGUUGGAGGAGUGGAAGGGUCUCGAGGGACACGCUCUCGACUUCGACGUUAUUGGCCAGGGUUUCGUCGAGGUGACCUUGUGAUGAGCCAGACGGGGGGGGGGUAAGAAAGUGAGAUAGGUAGUGUUCGAGACGGUCUGAUGUUAUGUGUAAGGUGAUAGUCGUUUGGUUCCAUGUAUUCUGAUAAAUCCGAUAUGUCUU